AUGAAUGAAAAAAACGAGAAUACUGAACAUCUGAUGACGUCUGAUGAAAACACUCUAGGAGAACAGCUUGAAAUUCCAGCAACCUCUCAUCCUGACCAACUAAAAGAGAAUCUAGAUGACAUCGUUUCGGGAAACGAGAACUUAAUAAUAGAUAGCAGUAACGAAACGAAUUUAAACAAGGAAGUAGAGGCAUUGGCCGCAGGGACAAACAUUGGAGUAGAUUUGAAUCAGAGCAUAAAUGACCGUACUUCGAUUGAUGGCCUUACAGAUUCACAUGAUGCUCCAAUCCCAACAGAACCGGAGGUGGAGCCACAGGAAGAAGCCCCAUUAAUAUCUGAGAAUCUAAGCCAGCAAUUAGAAAAUGAAAGAUCAAAAGUUGAAAGGGCCCUAGAAGCAAUAUCUUCCCCUUCAUUACCACCAAGAGAUAAUGAUGUUGGAAGUUUUACACCUGUGCCCACCAAAUCUUCGUCUCCCCCAGUACCCUCAAGAAAUACAAACGUUCAAGUCUCCCUUGAUCAACCUCAACUUCCACCAAGGCAAAAACUUAAUGCAGAAACUUUACAUUUGAAAGCACCCCAUAGUAGUGCGGUGCCUGUCAGACCACUAACUAAUACGUUUGGUAAUUCUUCUUCCCCAGCCCCACCAAUUUUACCUCCUCGUCGUAUAGAAGAUCCUCUAGACUUAGCCGCUCAAAAGGAGCUUUUGGCAAGUACAUUCAAAAGAAACAUGCUGUUUUACAAAAAUGAAGAUAACUCAGUCAAAAAUGAUUUGGACGAAAAUAUGCUUAUUUUGAGGGAAAACUUUCAGAAAAUUAGUACCGAUCAAUUGUCUGAGGAGGAUAGCUCAUUUUGGAGAAAAACUGUAAAUGACUACCAACAGACCUUACUUAAUGAUAGUGAGAGUUUACACGUUCAACUAGCUCGUGGAAUACCCUCUAUUUAUCGUUUGAUAGUCUGGCAGUUAGUAAGUUAUGCAAAAUCAAAGUCCUUUGAGCUGAUAUACGAGACUUAUCUAACACAGGAUGCACCAUUUGAUGUCCAGAAAUUCGAAGAUCAACUCAAGGUGAUAGACACUAUAUCAUCUACGAACGUAAAAAGCAUAAUCAACGUACUAAAAGCGUACCUUCUUUUUGACUCUGAAUGUGAAUUUUCUAUCGACAUGGUUUAUAUUGUUAAUAUGGUUCUUGCGGUUUGCAAGAAAGAAACAGAUGCGUUUGGGUUAUUCGUUCGCUUGAUGCAAGUUUAUGAUUUAAGAUCAUUGUUUUUACCAAGCGCCCCUGUGAUCAAUGUUCUCUGCUAUAAAUUUGAUAGACUAGUAGAAGAAUCCUAUCCCAAGGUUUAUAACCACAUGGUUAAAGAAGGUAUUCGUUCUUCUAUGUUUUUGCCUAGUUUUUUCACAACAUUGUUUCAAAAGUAUUCUUCCGUUGAAAUUCAACCACGUAUCGGUGAUAUUAUAUUUUUAGAGGGUCUUGAUUCCAUUAUGAGAAUUCCUGCUAAAUUAUUGUGUGAAGCACAAGAUCAACUAUUAAAAAUGAGUUUCGAAGAACUGCUGGAGUUUUUGAAAGUAGGUCUAUUAGAGGCUUAUAUUAAGAAGGAAACCGAUACGGAAAGUGAUCCUCUUUCCUUAAACAAUUGUAUAGAUCAACUUAUUCAAGAUGCUAUGACGGAAGUUCAAAUAUUUCCAAAAACCAUGAAGAAGUUUGCUUCUGAAUAUGAGGAAAUUCAUAGAUUAGAUAAUGAGAGAGAAGAGCAGUACAAAUCAAUCACCGAAAAGAAUUUGCAUUUACAGAAGCAUGUACGCAAAUUGGAAAAUGACUAUACGUCAUUAAACAGAGAGCAUGUGACAAUUGCAAACGAACUAGUGAAAAACCGGUUGAAGAUCGAGUCCGUAUUGAAUGAAAACAAUGGAUAUAAACUAAAAAUCUUGGACCUGAAGAAAACGUUAGAUACAGAAAAAAAGAAACAAGUUUCAAUCGUAUAUGUUCCUAAUGAUUUGAAAAAGGAUUUAGAUGAAACGAUAAAAAAAAAUGCACAAGUAAUGGACGAAAAUUUAAAGUUACAAGAUAAGAUUUCAGAGCUUGAAAGGAUGGCUGAAGCAAUUAGCACUGCAAGCAAAAACGGUGUUUUAUUUGAGUAUUCAAAUCCUAAAAAUCACUCUUUGGGCGCUGGUUGGUCGGGAUUUAAGAAAGUUUUCAAAUGA